AUGCAGCUGAAACACAAGCGAAAUAACCUGAGCAUGAAGAAGCUCGCUGGUCUGCGCGGUCUAAGUUUGGACUGCUUUGGGCUAGUUUUCCUAAGCUGGCAAAAGGAGCAACUGAGGCAGCUGGAAAUGGAAGAAACAGAGGCUUUGGAGGGUGUGAUACCACACUCAGUUGACUUCAAUUUGUUUAAGGAACCUGCGAGGAAAAGACGCAGGUCACAUCGAGACUGGCAAUUCCAAGCAUUUCCCUCUGCAGAGCAAAGUGCUCUUAAGGAAUAUGAAAAACUGGAGUGUCGGACCAGGAGGGUUUUGAGCAACACUUAUCAGAAGUUGAUUCAGUCUGUCUUCCUGGAUGACAGCAUUCCCAGUGGACUCAAGUAUCUCAUAAACCGGCUUCUUGCCUUGAUUGAAAAACCCCCACUGGAGCCGGUCUACGUGGGGCUCUUGGGAAUCACUGGAGCUGGCAAGAGUUCUCUGAUCAAUGCCCUCAUCCAGCAAGCGAUGUUUCUGCCAGUGUCUGGAGAAAGUGUUUGCACAUCAUGCAUCGUACAAGUGAGCUCUGGCUGCUGUGAGCAGUAUGAGGCCAAAAUCCACCUUCUCUCCGAUCAGGAGUGGAAGGCAGAACUGAAGGACUUGACUAAACUCCUGCACAGAGCAGAGCAGUCCCAGGAAGAAGAGGCAGACACCUGGGACAGGGACGGUGCAGCAGCAGAAGCUGCCCGGAAGCUUCAGAUACUCUAUGGCCAUGGGGCCGAAAGGAGGCGCUACGAGGAUUUGCUAAGGGUGAAGCCCAGAGGGAGGAUUCCCAACUCGAGAACCAUCACUCUAAAGGCAGAGGAGGCAGGAGAGCUAUCUGUCAAGCUGGACCCCUACAUCAGAACUCAGAGGAGAGACUGGAAUGGAGAAUUGGCAGAGACACAAAUCUGGCCCUUAAUCAAAUAUGUGGAAGUGAUUCUUCCCAAAUCUGCACUGAUCCCAAAAGGGGUUGUCCUGGUAGACAUUCCAGGCACAGGUGACUUCAACAGCAAGAGGGAUGACAUGUGGAAAAAGACCAUUGAUAAGUGUUCCGUGAUCUGGGUGAUCAGCGACAUAGAGCGAGUUUCUGGAGGAAAAGCUCAUGAAGACCUUCUGAGUGAGAGCAUCAAAGCCUACCAGCGUGGUUUCUGCAAGGACAUCGCCCUGGUGGUCACCAAAACCGACAAACUCCACUUGCAGGAAUAUCUCAGGGAAAGAAAGAUGGGAAAUCAAGCUAUUCAAAGUCAGAGAGAGGCUAUUCUGCAAAGAAAUGAAAUAAUCAAACUGCAAAGGAAUAGAAUUCUCAAGGAGAAAUUGAAGAGAAAACUGCCAGCUGACUCCAAGGUUCUGGAAGCCUCGGAUCUGGUGUACACGGUCAGUGCCCAUGAGUACUGGCAGCAGGCCCUCCUUACUGAGGAAGAAAGUGAAAUCCCCAAGUUAAGAGAAUAUAUUAGGAAAAGGCUCUCGGACAAGAAGAGGAGGCUGGUGAGCAAGUAUGUCACUGAAGCCUUUGGCCUGUUGCUUCUUACAGACACUUUCAACUCGGACGAAAGCCUGCGGACUGAUCAGCUGAACAUGGGUGACCUGCGACGAUUUGUAGAGGAGAAGAUGGAGCUGUUGGAGAAGGCCAUUGAGCAGUGCUUUGCUCGAAUGGAACACCCCCUGCAGACAGGGGUCCAGGUGGCCAGGACAUCCUACCGCCACAUCCUCAGGGCAUGCCUGGUGAGGAGCAGAGGAAACCAAGGUUUUCACCAGACUCUGAAAGCUGUUUGCCUGAAAAAUGGCGUCUAUGCCUCCAGGACUCUGGCCAGAAUAGACCUGAAUGAAGCCCUGUCUCAGCCUAUCUAUGACCAGAUCGACCCUGUAUUUGGAGGCAUUUUUAGGGAUGGGAAGGCCACUGCCCCUGCUCUGAUGCAGCACAUAGAUACUUUCAAGCAUUCCCUGGAGGAGAGAAUGGCAGAAAUUGGGAUUAGAAGUGGCUGGAAACAUGAUGGCUACAAAAGAAGCUUCCUGAUCCAGGAGAUGAGUGCCAUCCUGGGAGGCCUGGAGAGCCACAUCCUCCGAAGGAAGAGGAAGAUCUACGAAUCUGUCAGCAGCUCCAUCCAAAACGACCUGAAGCCCUGCUAUGAAGAGGCAGCUCAGAUCACUGGCAAGAAAGCAUGUGAAAGAAUGAAGGAUGUCAUCAGGAGAGGGGUAGAGCGGCAGGUGGCCGAAGGCAUGUUUGAGAGGGCUCAGGAGAGGAUGUGGCACCAGUUUCGACAGCUGAAGCAUGGAAUCACCGAGAAGGUCAAGAGCAGUGUCACUACUAUGUUAACCCUUGCUGCACCCCAGGGAGAUGGACUCUACAAGGAGCUUGCAGAUGUCCGGAGUGAACAGAAGGAGAUGGAAAAGCUCCACAGGAGCCUGAGGGAGGUUGCUGAAAAUGCACAACUGCGGAGGGGCAUGCAAGAUUUCCUCCUGCGAAUGUCCCCCAGCAAAGCAGGGCCCCAUAGAACAAAACUUUAG